UGAGUCUCGUGGCGUGAUCCUGAUCCUGAUUCUGAUCCCAGUCUCCUGACUUGACUGACCGCCUGUAUUUCGCGGGCCGACUCGGUCGAAGCCAGCCUUCGCUGCGUGCGGUUCCUCAGUCUACCAGUCGACCAGUUUAUUAGUUCAACAGUCUACCAGUCGACAUUAUUACCAGUGUACCCGUCUACCAGUCUACGCAUUAGACGACGCCUGUACCGCGCGAUCAGCGAGUGAGUCGCAUCCCGUCGUCCGUACCUCUAAAAUUUACGGUUUUGAUUGCCGUCGGCUGACAGUUCCCUGUCAUUAGAUCAUUGGCUUUCCACGACUAUAGUAUCUCCUUUGCCAGCAGCCUCCCUGACACCGAUCGUUUGGCUCUCCCACUCCGUCAUCCUUUUCGUUGGAAGAUCUUCUCUCGUUAUAGUCACCCGCGCGACGGUCUAUCGCCACGAUGGCAACUCCAGAUUUCUCGGACCUCGAGGCGGUGGACGCGGUGCGGCUGACGUGGAACGUGUGGCCGAAUUCUAAGGUCGAGGCGACCAAAUGCGUGGUGCCGUUCGCGGCGGUGUACACGCCCGCGAAGCGCCUGCCCGAGAUGCCCGUGCUUCCCUACGAGCCGAUCCGGUGCAAGUCGUGCCGGUCCGUGCUCAACCCGUUCGCGCGCGUCGACUUCAUCGGCAAGAUCUGGAUCUGCCCCUUCUGCUACCAGCGCAACCACUUUCCGCCGCACUACGCGGCGAUCUCGGAGCAGAGCCUGCCGGCGGAGCUGUUUCCGCAGUACACGACGAUCGAGUACACGCUGCCCACCGUGGGGCCGCCCGCCAACCCCGUCUUCCUCUUCCUGCUCGACCUCUGCCUCAUCGAGGAGGAGCUGGGGUACCUCAAAACGGCCGUCUCGCAGGCCAUUGGCCUACUCCCCGAGAACGCCCUUCUGGGCCUGAUCACGUACGGCACGCAGGUGCACGUGCACGAGCUGGGGUACGCGGACUGCCCCAAGAUGUUCAUCUUCCGCGGCACCAAGGACGUCUCCCGCGCCCAGAUCAUCCAGCACCUCGGCCUCGCCGGCCCCGGCGCCGCAGGCGCAGGCUCCACGGGAGCAGGAGCAGCAGCGGGCGGGGCAGGAGGCGCCGGAGCGGGAGGGGGGGCGGGGGGAGGAGGAGCAGGGGGGAUGAUGAGGGACGGGGUGCCGGCGGCGAGCGUGGCGCGGUUUCUGCUCCCGGCGCAGGAGUGCGAGUUUACAGUGGCGACGGUUCUGGACGAGCUUAGUAGGGAUGCGUUCCCCGUGGCCCCGGGGGAGAGGGCCGCGCGGUGCACGGGUACGGCGCUGAGUGUGGCCACGGCGCUGCUGGGCGCGUGCGUGCCGGGCACCGGCGCCAGGAUACUCAGCUUUGUCGGCGGGCCGUGCACGGAAGGGCCCGGCAUGAUCGUGGGUCGCGACCUGUCCGAGCCGAUCCGGUCGCACAAGGACCUGGACAAAGACGCGGUGCCGCACUACAGCAAAGCCGUGAAGUUCUAUGACGGGCUCGCGAAGCAGCUCGUGGCUCAGGGCCACGUGCUCGACCUCUUCUCCUCUGCGCUUGACCAGGUGGGCAUAGCCGAGAUGAAGGUGGCGGUGGAGAAGUCGGGCGGGCUGGUGGUGCUGUCGGAGAGCUUUGGGCACUCGGUGUUCAAGGACUCGCUCAAGAGGGUCUUCGAUGCCGGGGACACCUCGCUCGGCCUCUCCUUCAACGGCAUAUUUGAGGUGCACUGUUCCAAGGACAUCAAGGUGCAAGGGGCCAUUGGGCCCUGCUCCUCGCUCGACAGAAAAGGGCCGUCGACGUCGGACGCGGCCAUAGGGCAGGGGCACACGACGGCGUGGAAGCUGUGUGGGCUGGACGUGUGCACGUCGCUGGCGGUGCUGUUUGAGAUCGUGCCCGCGCAGCAACCCCAGCAGCAGCAGCAGGCCGCCGCACAGGGCCUGCAGAACCCCGCCGCACAGCAGUUCCACCUGCAGUUCUCCACCUCGUACCAGCACCCGUCGGGCGAGACGCGGUUGCGUGUGACAAGCAUCACGCGGCGGUGGGUGGAAGGGGCGAGCUCUGGCGACCUGGUGGCGGGCUUCGACCAGGAGGCUGCGGCUGCCGUGGUGGCGCGCAUCACAGGGUUCAAGAUGGAGACAGAGGAGGAGUUUGACGCCACGCGGUGGCUGGACCGCAUGCUGAUCCGCGUGUGCAACAAGUUUGGGGACUACCGCAAGGACGACCCUGCCUCCUUCUGCCUCUCGCCCAACCUCUCGCUCUUCCCGCAGUUCAUGUUCAACCUGCGCCGCUCGCAGUUCGUGCAGGUGUUUGGCAGCAGUCCGGACGAGACGGCGUAUUUCCGGAUGGUGCUCAACAGAGAGAGCGUGCUCAACUCGCUCGUCAUGAUCCAACCCACCCUGACGGCAUACUCGUUCAACUCACCACCGGAGCCAGCGCUGCUGGAUGUGGCAGCCAUAGCGGUGGACCGCAUCCUGCUGCUGGACUCCUUCUUCUCCGUUGUCAUCUUCCACGGCAGCACCAUUGCGCAGUGGCGCAACGCUGGCUACCACAACCAACCCGAGCACCAGGCGUUUGCGCAGCUGCUACAGGCGCCCCAGGCAGAUGCAGCAGCCAUCAUAGCAGAGCGGUUCCCCGUGCCGCGCCUCGUCGACUGCGACCAGAACGGCAGCCAGGCUCGGUUCCUGCUGGCAAAGUUGAACCCAUCGGCGACAUACAACAGUGCGUCAGCAGUCCCGGGCGGAGAGGUCAUUCUCACAGACGACGUGUCGCUGCAGGUGUUCAUGGAGCACCUGCAACGACUGUCAGUGCAGUCGUAGGCGUGCGUCGCAGUCAAGUGACUGGGAGUAGGGUAGGUUAGAAGUGGUAGAAAGAGGAUAAUGUGGUAAGUGUUUGCAGAGAGGGUCCUACAAGAGUUCAGGAUUUUCACCAAUUCCAUUGAGUUGCUCCACCCUAUGAUACUAGCGUCAUCACCACCCAAGAAUACCCGUGUUGUAAAGAUGCAUUUUACAUUUGCGCA